AUGGAGGUGACUGCCCGCGGGCCCUUCCCUGGGCACCGCGCCCUCCCGCCAUCUCCUGCCCCCACGAAUCUCUCCGCGCUCUCCCCUCCCCCUCCCGGCAGGACGUACCAGCGGCUCUGGGCCGCCACGCACCAGACUCUGGGAGAGCUGCUGCUGCAGGAGCCGUUCCCGCCGGAGCCCGUGCCCGAGCGAGAACAAGACUCCUUCUUCUACAAGCUCUCCACGCUCUUCCUGCACUACCUGGGGAUGAUGCGGCGCCUGGACAUCAUCUACGACCAGAUGGUGCAGCCCCAGAAGCGGCGGCUGGUCCGGCGCCUCCUGGACGGCGUGGCCGGCCGCCUCCUGGAGCUCAAGGAGGAACUGGUGCAGGUGGAUUUCUCCGAGUACCACUGCCUGGACCACGUGCUUCAGGACCUCAAACUCACCCCGGCUGACCUAGAAAUCCCAAUUCCCAAAUACUUCAUGUUGGAGCAGGGGAAAGUGCUCCAGGAUCGGGAGGCAUUGAUUGAAGAAAUCAUGAACAGACUUGGGAGAAAGAGACGCAAGACUGUUGCUAAAAUUUUACCCCCGGCAGAGGCGAUAGCUAUGAUCCAACGUGCUGAACGGGCCAGGCAGGGCCGGCUUCGGGCCAAGUUCAUGCGAGAGAUUCGAAAGGACGUGGAACGUGAUCGAAGGAUGCGAGAAAGAAAGCAUCAGAUUGAUGGAAACUGGGCAGCUCUCAUCAUCCAAAAGAUUUGGAGAGGUUUCCUUCGGCGGAGGCAAAUUAAACAGGAGCGGAUGUUGGAGAUGAAAUUCAUCGGCAUGAUACCUUCCUCCAGCGAGGCUGAGCAUUCUGUGAUCAUGAACCGGGCCCAGAAUAGGGAGGAGCUGCGCAGACAGCGCCAGCAAGAGAAGGAGAUGGAGUACCAGGAGGCAAUAGCAGAAAUCCGACAUCAAGUGAAGGUUAAAGAAGGGCCCGACAUACAGGAAGAGAUGAAGAAGCAGAUCCGCCAGUGGUUCAUCGAGUGCCAUGACCUCACUGGCCGCUUCCCUGAAUAUCCAAGUGAUGAGAUUGGUGGUUCUGGUGUAAUCUUUUCAGAGAAGACACCACAACAGGUGAAAAGAGAAUUGGACAUUAUAGAUGAAGAAAACUUCAGAAAGAAGUGGGGAGACAAAUCACCAAAGGAAAAGAAAAAGGAGGCGGAAAAGCCUAAGAAAGUGGAGGAAGAUUUGCAGCAAAAGGCAUCCAAAUUUGUACCCAUUCUUAAUGAAGGGCAUAAGGAGUACCACACUAGAUGGGCAACUCCAAAUGUGCAGAUGUUCCCAGAUCAGGAUUUCAACCCUGACAUGAUUCGAAUAGCGGAGAAGAAGGAGGUGGAAGCAGAGAUCCGGGUCCAGGUGGACAAGCUGAUGCGUCAAGAGCUGCAGGCCCUGCGCUUGGUGGUAGAUAAGGAAAUGACAAGACCACAGAAAAUGAGGCUCAAAACCAAGCAAGGGAAGAAAGGCAAAAAGAAGAGGCAGGAGAAAGACCUGACUCCAAACAGAACCUUGGACUCAUUGUAUGAAGAACUCGUGGCAGAAGGCUUGAUCAAGAAGAGCGAAUAUGUGAGACUGUCUGAUUACAUUGGUGACUACUUAUAUCUUGGAUCUAUUUUGAAAUUGGGAAACACAGAACCAAUGCCAUCCCUAUUCGACUUGAGGCAGAAUGUAAUUCUGUAUGGGGUCCUGCGGCUUGGCUCUGCUGAAAUACAUGCUCUGGCUCCCCAUGUCCGAUCCAUUCUUCUGGUUGGCCCAUCUGGUACGGGGAAGAAGAUGCUAGUUAAUGCAGUUUGUACUGAGGCUGGGGCUAACUUGUUUGACCUGUCCCCGGAAAACAUAAAAGGAAAAUAUCCUGGCAAGGCAGGGCUGCAGUUGAUGAUGCACAUGGUCUUCAAGGUAGCUCGACUCAUACAGCCUUCUGUGAUCUGGAUUGGGAAUGCUGAGAAAACCUUUUAUAAGAAGGUUCCAAAAGAGGAGAAAUGGAUGGAACCCAAACGGAUAAAGAAGGACCUAGCAAAGGCUAUACGCCAGCUGCAGCCCGGUGACCGAAUAAUGCUAAUUGGAACAUCGAACCAGCCACAGAUUGCUGACAUUAACGGGCUGUGCAGAAUGUAUCAGAAGAUCCUGAUGGUGCCCCAGCCGGAUUACGCCUCCCGCUACCUUCUCUGGAAGCAUUUGAUUGAGAGUUAUGGGAAGCUUUUAGUAAACCGCAUAGAUCUCACUGCACUGACCAAGGUUUCGGAUGGCUACACUCCCGGAGUCAUAGCUAUGGCUGUCCGCUCUGUGAUGACUGAGAGGAGAAAGAUCCAACUGCUCAGCCGGCCGCUGAAGUCCCGUGAGUUUUUGGACUUUCUAGCCAAGAAGGAUCCAGUAUAUGAGGAAGAGAAGGAAUCGCUGAAGAAUUGGUACAUUAAGACUCCUCUGGGGAGGCAGCACUUUAAAACUGAUGAGGAACAAGCAAUGGAGGAGGCAGCAAGAUUGGCAAGAGAGAAGAAGAAGAAGUUAUGAAGUUCAAAGCAGGGCCAGAAUGGGAGGGAUGCUGAAACUAGGGUGUGAGGGGAAGCAUCCUCAGCGUGGAUGGGCUAGAUCAUAGAAGUAUAAACAUCUGAACAGCAGCUGUAGGGAUUAUGGGAAUGUGUGUGGAUGUCCAUCUCUGUGUCCCAUUUUCCCUGGUUUUAUUUCUCUAGUCCCAGUUCUUCAUGUUUUGCCUUCAUCCCCAUCCUGCCUUUCUAUGAACCUAUCUCAUGUUCAUCUCAGUUCCUAUUUCUUCCCUUCUCUUUUCUCGUCUUGAUCUCAAUCCCUGCUUCUGGCUUCAUCUUUGACUCUUGAGUAUUUUUCUGUAUUUCUUUUUCUUUCUACAUUAUGGAGUGAACAAAUAGGGAUAGGGAGUCUAGUAGAUUAGCAGGUGGAAAAGCCAAGAGAUUGAGGCAUGCUGCCAUGAAGCAAGGAAGUGCUAACUUGGAAAAUCUAAGUCUUUGCAUCUCUGGGUCUCAGUUUCCUCAUACAAAAAAGGGGGGGUUGAUUUCUACAAUCUUUGAGGUUCCUUCUAAAUCUAGCAUUCUAGGAUAUGCUCAACUAGGGGCACAAGAUAAGAUAGAUAUUCUCUCCUUUAAAAAUGUUAACUAUUGAUUUUUGCAUCCCCUUCAUUUUCCAAUAUAUCUCUCCACUCUCCCUCUCCCCAAGAACCAUCUCAAAAAAGAAGAAAACUCAACACUUUAGCAAAACAAAUAAUGUCAAUCUAUUCUAACAUUAUAUACGAUAUAAUAGUUUCCCACUUUUGCAAAGAAAGGAAGGAAAGAAAUGAAUGCAUUCUCAUAACUCUUUUGAAAGAGCCAUGCUUGACAAUUGUCAAUUGACACUGAUGUUGUUCCUUCCAUUUCUAUUAUUAUAGUUAUUACAUAUGCUAUUUUCCUAGUUCUUCUUAUUUCACUCUGCAUCAGUUCAUGUAAAUCUCUUCAUUCUAUUAUUGGAAUUGAUCAUAAUAUUAAUGUAAUUAUUAUAUUCAUCAUUUUGUUAAUAAAUUUUGUGCAGUGCAGUAGUAUUCCACCACUACAGUUUAUUCAAUCAUUCCCCAACUGAUGGACAUCUACUUUGUUUCCAGUUCUUGCUACCACAAAAAGUGCUAUAAAUGUUUUGGUGUACAUCAGCUCUUUCUUUUUACCAUUGAUCUCCUUGGGGCACAUGCGGUGCUGUGGGGUCUCUGGGUCAAAGAGUAGGGCCUUUUGAGUAUGGGCUUUUAAGCCGCUUUCUUAGCAUACUUCUCAUUUGCUUUCCAGAAUGGUGGGACAGUCACAGUUCCACUGACAAGGCAUUAGUGUGUCUGUCUCUUUCCACAACUCCAUCAGCACUGACUUCCUCUGUUCUUUCUGCUGGCCCCAAACCCAUUCUCAAAUGUCCAGCCCCACCCC